AUGAGACAUGCCGGGCCACUGAGCUAUAGGAUAGUUCUGUAUCUCUCUGAGCUGUACGGACAUUCUGAGACCUCUUCAGAACAAACUCUAAUUGACGAGAAAAGUCCAACAACCAAGUGCCCGGCCAGUGUCGCUGGGGCUGCUUACAUUGACAACACCAAUGAGGAGGCUUCAGAGGAGUCUCCGAAUAACAAUGUGGUGGACGUUCAGGCUGAGCCACUGGACCUGGUCAGUGUGGAGAAAGAGGCUGCUGGAGAUGGAAAGGUCCUCAGCAAGGUGUUGAAGCCCAAAGUGUGUCUGAAGGAGGGCUGCCAAGAUCAGCUAACCCCCAAAAUCUAUGAUAUGAUUGCGGAACUAUCAAAGUCCUAUUUCGGAUCCACUGAGAGCAUUCCUGAGAUGUGUAGCAGAGGUCCUGAGGUGACCAGCAGAGGUCCUGAGAUGUGUAGCAGAGGUCCUGAGGUGACCAGCAGAGGUCCUGAGGUGACCAGCAGAGGUCCUGAGAUGUGUAGCAGAGGUCCUGAGGUGACCAGCAGAGGUCCUGAGGUGACCAGCAGAGGUCCUGAGGUGACCAGCAGAGGUCCUGAGAUGUGUAGCAGAGGUCCUGAGGUGACCAGCAGAGGUCCUGAGGUGACCAGCAGAGGUCCUGAGAUGACCAGCAGAGGUCCUGAGGUGACCAGCAGAGGUCCUGAGGUGACCAGCAGAGGUCCUGAGGUGACCAGCAGAGGUCCUGAGGUGACCAGCAGAGGUCCUGAGGUGACCAGCAGAGGUCCUGAGGUGACCAGCAGAGGUCAUGAGGCGUCAAAUGCAGUGGAAGAGGUGUGCAGUGACAAAAUGAAGAUAGAGGCUACUGGAAAUCUUCUGAAAACUGGAAAUGGCCUAAGCAAGGUGGUGAUCCUAUCCACUGAGAGCCAUCCUGAGUCCUAUUUUGGAUCCAACGAGAGCCUUCCUGAGGCGUGCAGCGGAGUGCCUGAGGUGUCGAACGCAGUGGAAGAGGUGUGCAGUGGCACAAAGAGGCAGAAGAAAGUGUGA